CCUCGCUGGUCCCUCUUUGUACCUGUUCCCGGUGGUCCUGGGGGCGUGCGGGCUGCGGCGGCACAGGAACCGGAAGGUGGAGCAGAAAAUGGUGCUCAGCGGAGAGAGAGGGGCGGACGCGGGCGACAAGGGGGACCGGGUUGCGGUGGGGCAGCGCCGAGAGCUGGUCGCAGCACCCUUCCGCCCCGCGGCCGUCUGCAGGUCUGAGGGUCGCGGAGGCGCACCUGGCGGUGAGGAUCGGGAGGAGGAGGAGGCGGAGACUGCCAGGAUAGGCCCAGGAGUAAUGGAGUCCAAAGAGAAACAAGCGGGAAAAAGUCUCAACGUGGAAAAUAACCUCCAGGAAAACGCAGGAGGGGAGCAGGCCCCUGUGAAGAAUGGAGAGGAAGGCCUCCCUUUGGGGGGUGAAGCCCGGGAGCCUGGAGGAAAUGUCAGGUGGGGGCGGGGUUGGUGACUUGCCCCUAAUUUUCAUUGGGGCAUACCUAAUAAGCAUAUUGAUCGCAGUGAAGUGGGAGAUAAUGUAGAAAGGGUCACGGGGCAGAUGUUGGAAAUCAGGAGAAAGAUUAGGGAGCAGCAGAUGAGGCAUUAUAUGCGCCCCCAAAUCCCUGAACCUGACAAUCGUGACGAGUUUUGCCUUAUACCUCGAAUACUACGGUUUUCCGUGAGGUUAAUAAUGUGGCUUCUGUUUUACAGCUUGUGUUGCUGCGAUUUCGUUUUGCUGUCAACCUUUUGGUGUUUGCACUUACCAGUUUCUAACUGAAUAUUGUUUUGUGUCAGUCUACAAGUGUCAGCAGGGCAAUUUCACCCAUUUUUAGGAAAAGAUAAUAAAUUUCAUGUUGUGAAAUUAAUAAGGUGAUUUAAAAGGCAGUCUGUAUCCUAUCAUCUUCUUCUUCUGUUCCAGUCCUUAUUUUCUGUUAAUGUUACCUUUCUUCUUGUUACCUGGACUCAAAAUCUCAGUUGUCUUUGUUAUUUUUACUUGUCUCCAACCAAUCAGUAAGGAAAGUUUGUACUCACAAUUCAACAUCUGAUAAUCAUUUUAAGAAUUAUGUCUUAGUGUUUUUAGAGAGUGCUAGUCCACCAUCUGCAUAAAAACACUAACAUCUGGGGAGCUUUUUGAGAAUGUACCUCUGGCACCCAUCCUCUAGACUCACAGGGUGGGACUCCAGAAUUUCCAUUUUUAAUAAGUUCCCCAGGUAAUUGCGAUGUACAUCAAAUUUUGAGAACCACUGGUGUGUGUAUGUAUCUGUAUACAUAUGUGUGUAUAUUGUAUCAUAUUAAGUGUAAAUAAUGAAGUAGGAUAACAAUGAAAAUCUGGAUUCGAUGGGCAAAACACUAAAAAAGUUAAGUGUAAGACCUUAAAAUAGACUGACCAUAUGAGUGGUAGGGAUAGUGCCAAACUGGAGGGUGUACGCUGUGCUGGACAAACAAAGCAUGUCUUGAAGGGCACAUACAGUCGGAGGGACCUCGAGUUCAUGACCCAUGUCUGCACUACACCCUGUAUCUCAUUUUAUCCUUAUCACAACCUCUAAGAUCUGUAUUGUUUUCCCCCUUUACAGAUGAGUACACUGAGGCUUAGAGAUGUUGAGUACCUGGGCUACCCCCUGCUGUGUAUCUUGGGAGGAGGGUUCAGGCCUACAUCAUUUUCUGUGGCACCUUGUUAUCUGCAGAUGCAGAAUACAUGUUUAGAACUGUUGACAAGCUGAGGAGGGUCAAAGAGAGGCUGCAAAACUGAGGCUGUGUAUGAAUUAACUUUGUUUUGCUAUAUUUCCAGUACCCGGGAUGAA